GGUGAAAUGAUACUGAUUUUACCACUUUCGGCUAGUGAAAUUUAUCCUGUCCGAACCAAACCCUUGGCAGUGGAGCCUAAGUAUAUGUUUCGGGCAGAAUUAAAAAGUGCAUUUAAGUAUGUGUGCAUUUAG